GUCUUUCAGUUUUUUUCUUCUUUUUCAUUCUUGUUUUGUGCUACAUUUUAUUUAUAAAUUUUCGUUUCACAAAAAAUUUCUAGUAAAUUGCUUGCAUGCGACCGACUCUCUACUGUUUUGCACCUCUACUCAAACGAGAAAAAUCCGACAGACACACAAGUUAAUACAACAAGAAUAAUAAUAUUAAAAAAAAUUAUAUUAGAGAAAUAAUAAUAAAAAAAAACAAUUGCAAAAGAAAACGAAAAUGCCAGUGUAGCGGAAAAGAAGUUACACAUGAGUGUAUAGAGCAGUGUAGUUGUUAUUAUUUCUGUGGGAAAUGCAAAAAAAGCGAGAAAAUAAAAAAAAAACAAAAUAAAAAAUAGUUAGAAAAUAACAGUGAACGGUUAAAAACAAAAAAAAAAGAGAUUAAAAAAAGUGAAAAGAAAUAAAUGUAAACACGCGUAUGUUUGUGUAUGUGAAGUUAGAUAUAAUACAAUAAUAACAAUAACAACAACGUAAAACCAUAAACAGUUGAGUUCUUGUUUUUUUUACAACUUUUUACUCCUUUUUUAUUAUUUUGUUCGCUUUAUGGCCGUUUAAAAAAAAGUGUGGAAUGUAUGUGGAACAUAAAUGAAAUGAAUAAACAUCCAUUUACUUAUUAAAAGAAGGUACAAUUUCCCAGGUGAUUUGCGAGUUUGCAGCAAAUAAUGACAAUUAUAAUUGGAUAGACAGCAAAUAGUAUUCAAGCAGAGAAAAAGAAAAAAAAUAAAUAUGCUACAAUAUAUGAAAUAUUUAAAUACAACAAAAUGGCUGUUAGAGUAAAUAUGUAUGAUAAAUAAGCAAACUGCUGCAUUAAAUAAGGAGUUAUCUACUAACAAAUACUAUACAAGUUGUCAAACUUUAAAGGUCUUAAAACUUAACUAUAUAGUUAUACAUAUGUAGAUAUUUUUGAAAACAAAUUAGGAAUAUGACUGAUAAACUAGAACUAUUGCUGCAAACAUAUUGUUAAGGAAAUUGUUUUCUACUUCUCAAAACCUCAAACAACAAUUUCUAAAAUUUAACAGAAGGAUAAUUUAAGUUUUUAUUUGACCAAGUUGCAUCUACAACAUACUACAACAACAACUACUACUGCUACAACACCAACAACACCAGCAGCAGCAGCAACAACAUUAUAAAGAACACCAAAAAACCACAUACAAACACACAACAACAAAAGCAGCAACAGCAACAACAACUUACAACAAAAACGGCUAAAGGAGCUACGAAAUACGAUUGAGACUUCAAACGUUUACGAGGAGGAGACAACUUUUCCACGAUUAAUAAAAUAAACUCUGCUCCCUACUAAAGUAUCCAAACCAAGAGACCCACUAGUCACUUAGAAAAAGGUUUUCUUUUUAUUUCUUGGUCCUUUUUUUCUGAUUAUUUCUGUAAAAAAGUUAAAAACAGAAAUCGAGCGACCGACACUACACGACACGACACACCAACUGUUGUGAUUGACGUGGGGUCCUUUAUUUUGUUGCCGCAAUAGAUUUUCUCAAGUGUGCCAUCGCGAUGGCUGCACCUGCAGCCUGUACGCGUUUCUCGGACAAUUAUGAGAUUAAAGAAGAGCUGGGCCGAGGCGCUUUUUCGAUUGUAAAACGUUGCGUUCAAAAAUCCACAGGCAAUGAGUUUGCCGCAAAGAUUAUCAAUACCAAAAAGUUAACAGCACGAGAUUUUCAAAAGUUAGAGCGUGAGGCGAGAAUCUGCCGUAAGCUGCAUCAUCCAAAUAUUGUGCGACUGCACGACAGUAUACAGGAGGAGAACUAUCACUAUUUGGUGUUCGAUCUGGUGACCGGGGGCGAAUUGUUUGAGGACAUUGUUGCAAGGGAAUUCUAUUCAGAGGCGGAUGCAUCGCAUUGUAUUCAGCAGAUAUUGGAAUCGGUAAAUCACUGCCACUCGAAUGGUGUGGUCCAUCGUGAUCUGAAGCCGGAAAAUUUACUAUUAGCUAGCAAGGCCAAGGGUGCCGCCGUAAAACUGGCCGACUUUGGUCUGGCCAUUGAGGUGCAAGGUGAUCAUCAGGCCUGGUUCGGUUUUGCCGGCACUCCUGGCUACCUCUCACCGGAGGUGCUCAAGAAGGAACCCUACGGCAAGCCAGUGGACAUUUGGGCUUGUGGUGUUAUCUUAUACAUUUUGCUCGUUGGUUAUCCACCGUUUUGGGAUGAGGACCAGCACCGUCUGUAUUCCCAGAUCAAGGCUGGAGCUUACGAUUACCCAUCGCCCGAAUGGGAUACGGUAACACCAGAAGCCAAAAAUCUCAUCAAUCAAAUGCUUACCGUCAAUCCCCACAAGCGCAUCACAGCGGCCGAGGCCCUCAAACACCCCUGGAUAUGCCAGCGCGAGCGUGUUGCCUCUGUGGUACACCGCCAAGAAACUGUUGAUUGCCUCAAGAAGUUCAACGCCCGUCGCAAGCUGAAGGGCGCCAUUUUGACCACCAUGCUGGCCACGCGCAACUUCUCCAGCAAGAGCAUGGUCACCAAGAAGGGCGAGGGCUCGCCCGUUAAGGACUCGACCGACUCAUCCAACACCACGUUGGAAGAUGACGAUGUCAAGGCCAGGCGCCAGGAGAUCAUUAAAAUCACGGAACAACUGAUUGAGGCCAUCAACAGUGGUGAUUUUGAUGCCUACACCAAAAUCGGUGAUCCGCAUUUGACUGCUUUCGAGCCGGAAGCCCUCGGCAAUCUGGUCGAAGGAAUUGACUUUCACAAAUUCUACUUUGAAAAUGUUUUGGGCAAGAAUUGCAAAGCCAUCAAUACUACCAUUUUAAAUCCACACGUCCAUCUGUUGGGCGAGGAUGCCGCUUGUAUUGCUUAUGUACGCUUAACUCAAUAUAUCGAUAAACAGGGUCAUGCCCACACCCAUCAGUCGGAGGAGACACGUGUCUGGCAUAAACGCGAUAAUAAAUGGCAGAAUGUCCAUUUCCAUCGUAGUGCUUCGGGCAAAGCUAGUGGAGCAACGACUUUUGAUUUUGUAUCCAAAAAUUAGACGACGACGAUGAUGAUGAUAACAACAACAACUACGACGACUGCUACGACAACAACCAAACAACAACAAUGACGACGACGACGAAAGCCACGACGACAGUAUGUCUACCACUAUAUAAACUAUAACAAACAACAACAACAAAACUACUUACAACAGGAUUAUUUAUAUGUGUGUGUGCAAAAAAUAAAAAGAAGAAGUGAAAGAAGAGCUAAAGGAAGAUGAAUCAGAAGAAAACAAAAAGAUGAAUUAUAAUAGAAAAGAAGAGAACAGCAGCAUUAAAAGCGAACGAGAAGAAAAAAUGAACUUUUUUUAUUGAACAAAAAAAAAAAAAAAAACAAAACCAAAAACAAAAAAUAUAUAAAAACCGUGCAAAAAAAAAACUUUUUAUUUUUUAGAGUGGAAGAGAAAGAUGUUGAAGAAGAUACAGAAGAACAUGAUGAAUUUUUAUUUUAUUUUUUCGAAAGAAGAACGAGAA